AUGCAGAAUGUAUCAAGGCGACCAUUUUCUUUCGAAGCCAGGCUCCUCUCUGCCCUGCGAUCGCAGGCUUUGCGCACAAUGGCGACCUCUCCCACCACCACCAGAUCAUACAAUGAUGCGAUUGACGCACUGAAUACGCUGCAGACGCCCUAUGAAGUAAUAGAAGCCCGACGCAAGGCUGGUGUCAAGCCCGACGCCGCUUCCAUCAAGGAGAUGCGCACAUAUCUCAACCGCAUAGGCUACUCAACGUCCGAUCUAGACCGCCUCAACAUAAUACACGUAGCAGGCACCAAGGGCAAAGGCAGCACCUGCGCCUUUGUCGACUCCAUCCUCGCCGAGUACCGCCAGAAGCGCAGCACCCCCAGCAAGUCCGGGCUCUUCAUCUCGCCGCACCUCAUUGCUGUGCGCGAGCGCAUCCGCAUCAACUCGGCGCCCAUAUCUGAGGCGCUCUUUGCCCGGUACUUUUUCGAAGUCUGGGACCGUCUCGAAUCCUCCACGCUGCAGCAGCCCGAUGGUGACGACGGCAGCAGCUCCCCCCAGGUCCCGCUCGGCAGCAAGCCCAUCUACGGGCGCUACCUCACGCUCGUCAGCUGGCACGCCUUUUUGCAGGAAAGCGUUGACGUGGCCGUGUACGAGACGGGCGUCGGCGGCGAGUUUGACGCGACCAACCUGGUCCCCCGCCCGCUGGCGUCGGGCAUCAGCACGCUCGGCAUCGACCACGUCUACGUCCUCGGCGAUACCGUCGCCAAGAUUGCGUGGCACAAGGCUGGCAUCAUGAAGACGGGCAGCCCGGCCUUUACCGUCGAGCAGUUCCCCGAAGCGGCCGACGUCUUGCGCGCCCGCGCCGCGGACAAGCACGUGGCGCUGACGGAGCUGCCCGUCGACCCGCGCCUCGAGGGCGUCCGCAUCAAGCCCAUGGCCACGUUUCAGAAGCGCAACGCCUCGCUGGCGAUUGCCUUGGCGGAGACGGCGCUGGACAAGCUCGGCGCCGAGACAGGGGCAAGAAACGACAAGAGCCUGCCGCAGGAGUUCGUCGAUGGCCUGGAAAAGACGAGCUUCCGCGGCCGCUGCGAGGUCAAGGCCGAAGAUGGGAUUACAUGGCACGUAGACGGUGCGCACACGGCAGACAGCCUGAAAGUGUCUGCCAAGUGGUUCGCGAGCGAGACAGAAAACAGCAUCGGUCCGCGCGUCCUCAUCUUCAACCAGCAGGGCCGCGCCGAAGCCGUCGACUUUCUCGCGUCCAUCCACGCCGCCAACAGGAAACCCUCGCCGUCGUCGUCCUCGGAAGCGCAGUCCUUUGACCACGCCAUCUUCUGCACAAACGUCACGUACGCAGCGACGGGCUACAAGCGCGACUUUGUCAACCGCCAGGUCGACCCCAAGGACAUUGCCGGCAUGACAGCCCAGCGGCGCUUCGCCGAGGAGUGGGCGCGGCUCGACCCCAACGCUAACGUCCACGUCAUCCCCACGAUCCAGGAAGCGCUCGACAGCGCGCGCCGCCUCGGCGAGGGCCUGCCCGGGGGGAGCGCAGUUCAGGCGUACGUCACGGGCAGCCUGCACCUUGUGGGCGGUGCGCUGGGGAUCCUGGAGCAGGCGGAUGCGCUGUAA